CGCCGGAGAGAAAGCGGCCCGGAGAGCGGCCGCUGCACGGCCGGUCAGUGAGGCAGCGUCAGCGGCACGGGCCGCGCUCAGCUCUCCAGUGGGCCGCCAGCGCGCCGCACGCCCGUGUCUCGGACCGCCGUCCACCGCGCCACCGCCGAGAACCGGCCACUGCAGGACACCCCAUCAGGCUCUGCCACCCGGGCACAAUGGCUCCCAGGGUGGUAUUUCUGAUCGCCGGCACUGCGCUGCUGGCCGUGUGCCGCGCUCAGGAGCCGGCAGCAGCGCCGAGCGAGAAGGCACCCGCCGCCGGGGAGGGAGGCAAGGCCGGCCGCGACCCGCGCUUCACCGGCGACCCGCAGAUCGACUGGGAGUUCGACCCGAACCUGCCGCGCGAGCUGCAGGGGUUCAACAUGACCGGCUACCCCUUCUUCAGCCGCGUGCCGCCCAAGAUGAAGUUCAGCUGCACCGACCGCAUCGACGGCUUCUACGCCAACACUGAAUACAAGUGCCAGGUAUACCACCACUGUUUGUACGGCAUCAGGCAGGACUUCCUCUGCGGCAACUACACCGCCUUCGACAUGCGCACCUUCAUCUGCCAGUUCGUGAACGUGGUGGACUGCGACAACUCGGAGAAGUACGCCUACAGGAACGAGCCGCUGUACAAGGCCACCACCACGGAGAAGCCGCGUCGUAAGCGUCCGUUCGAACAGCGCCCGGCGGCCUACGAGGACUACGACUACAACUACAACUACGACGACUACUACUACGACUACGCCGACUACCCGGAGGCAGCCCAAGCCCCCACCACCACCACAACGACCACAACGACCACCACCACCACGACGCGUCGCUCGCUGCAGCGGCGGCCCGGCAGCCGACGGCGCCCCGGCGGCGGUCGGCGGCGCGCCGGCGGACGCCGCAGGCCCAACGGAGGCGGCCGCCGCCGGCCGCUGAGGCCCCGUCCGCCGCCGCCCGAGUAUGACUACGACUAUCCGGCGGAGCAGACGGCCGCGGCGGCGGUGCCCGUCGAGCAGCAGAAGGCCGCCGCGCCCCAGCGGGCCGCCGCCGCCGCCGCCCCGGUCCAGGACUACGUGUACGACUACCCUGAGGAAGAGGUGCCGCCGCCACAGCCGGCCGUCCCCGUCGCCCAGGCCGCGCCACAACAGGCUCGUCCGGCACUGCGCGGCCGCCCCGGUAGCCGCCGGCGGCCGUCCCGAGUGCGGCCCCAGGCGCAGGAGCCGGCGCCGGCGCCGGCAGUCGAGGAGCCCUCUCCCGCUCAGCAGCAGCCCGCCCUGCCCGAGGAGCCGCCCGUCGACAACGAGGUGCUUGACACGUUCUCGCAGCGCGCGCCGAGCCGCCGGCGGCCGAGCGGACCGCGCCGGCAGGCGGCCGCCGGGUUCGGGCGCCGCCCGGGUCGCCGUCCGGCGCCGCGGCCCACCCAGCCGCCGCCGCCGCCGCCGCCGGCCGACGAGGCCGCCUACUACGACUACGACUACCCCAUAGACCUGGAGCCCGUCUCGGCCGACUUCGCCGCCGAGGAGGCGACCGAGCCGCCGCCGCCGCCGCCGCCGGCCCGCGGCAGUCUGCGGCGGCGCGGCGGCGGUCGGAGGAGGCGGCCCGCCCAGUGAGCCGGCCGGCCAGCGGACAGACUGUGUGUUAGUGCCGGGCCGACAGGGGUGGCGGGGGACCGGGCGCCGCCCGCGUCCUCCCGAGACCCGCCGGCAGGACGACCGUCGGUGGCCGCCCGCACAGACGGGCGCGCGACACGCCGGCCUAGUCAAUUUCCCUCAUGCAGGUGAUCGGGGAUGAGGCGAGAUUGUGAGUAGGGCAGCGCUCAUGUACAACCACUCGCGGUGCUAUCUUACCGCCGCACGCGAGCGAACGACCAGGGCCUGCCCGCGGUCGGCUUUCACCGUUGGCUGUUACUUGAUCCGACGCGUCAUCGUACAAUGUUUAUAUGGAAAUCGCUGACGGACGGUGGGCGAAGCCGCCGAUUGUACGGUGGCGCCGACCCAAUGACGCUAUGAAUACAGCGUACUUACCA